GUGAAGAAGAAGCAGAAAUCCGGCAGCGCUAGAGCGGAAGUAAGUACGUGGCCGGACCAGCUGACGUUUCUGCACGAUGGCGACUGAGGUUCAGAGCGGCGACCUCAACGGUGGAAAUGCGAGCCGUCUCGAAGUUUCCAUCGACGGCCUGACCCUCAGCCCGGACUCGGAGGGAGAAGCGGAUCACGCGGACGCGCUCGGGCCGCGAGCAGACGAGCAGGGUGCCCCGGAGACGCGCUCCCCCAGCCCGGACGACGAGGAGCAAAAUGCCGAGAAUUCCGUGGAGCGGAUAUGGGGCUUUCCCCUGACGGAGCUCUACGGCCUGGCGCUUCAAUUCUUCCGAGAAAAAGAUGGAAAGGCUUUCCACCCAACGUAUGAGGAGAAGCUGCGUCUGGUGGCUCUGCAUAAGCAGGUGUCCCUGGGACCCUACAAUCCAGACGCUUCUCCUGAAGUGGGCUUCUUCGACGUGCUGGGAAACGACCGCAGGAGAGAAUGGGCAGCCUUGGGGAACAUUAGGAAGGACGAGGCCAUGGUGGAAUUUGUCAAGCUGUUAAAUAAAUGCUGUACUUUAUUUGCGCCGUUCGUCGCAUCUCACAAGAUUGAAAAAGAGGAGCAAGAAAGGAAGAGGAGGGAGGAAGAGGAGCAGCGGCAACGGGAGGAAGAGGAACGGGAGCGCCAGUUGCAGGAGGAGGAGCGACGCAGGAAGGAGGAGGAGGAGAGAUUAAGGAGAGAAGAGGAGCAGAGGAGGCAGGCUGAGGAAGAGAGGCUCCGGGUGGAGCAGCAGAAGCACCAGAUCAUGGCUGCAUUGAAUGCGCAAACAGCUGUGCAGUUCCAGCAGUAUGCGGCGCAGCAGUACCCGGACAGUUCCGAACAGCAGCUCAUUCUCAUCAGGCAGCUGCAGGAACAGCACUACCAGCAGUACAUGCAGCAGCUCUACCAGGUGCAGCUCGCCCAACAACAGGCAGCCCUACAGAAACAGCAGGAGGAUGCUAUAGUCCUCUCAAAGUUAGAGGCCAGCGAGUUGUCAGCGUCGCCUGGUGAGGAAGCUCCCACUGUGAACGGCCAGGCCGAGUCGUCCGUCGACAGCAUCGAUAGAGAGCCAGACCUGGAGCAUGCUGAGGAGGUCACUGAGAACGGCCCAACAGACUCUCCCCCAGUGAUAGCAGCCCCCUCGAUGUGGACGCGACCGCAGAUCAAAGAUUUUAAGGAGAAGAUUCGCCAGGACGUGGACUCUGUGAUCACGGUAGGCCGAGGGGAAGUGGUCACAGUCAGGGUCCCCACCCAUGAGGAGGGCUCAUACCUCUUCUGGGAAUUUGCCACUGACCAUUAUGACAUUGGGUUCGGUGUCUUCUUCGAAUGGACUGACUCAACCAACGCCUCGGUCAGCGUGCACGUCAGCGAGUCCAGCGACGAAGACGAGGAUGAGGAAGAGCCUCAGAGCGAGGAGGAAAAGGCCAAGAAGGAAGCAGGGAAGCCUCAAGUGGAUGAGAUCGUGCCGGUUUACCGGCGGGACUGCCAUGAGGAAGUGUACGCAGGAAGUCACCAGUACCCCGGCCGUGGCAUCUACCUACUCAAAUUUGACAACUCGUACUCCCUCUGGAGGUCGAAGAGUGUCUAUUACAGAGUCUACUACACCAGAUAAGCCUGGGGUCAAGACUGUGGAGCAGGAGUGUGUGUGUGCGCGUGUGUGUGUGUGUGUGUGCGUGCGUGUUGCGCGCGUAAGUGUGCAUGUGUGUAUGGGUUGCGUCUCAUGCUGUUCGAGUUUAGGAGGGCUGGCCUCUGAUGUAUCCGUGCCACCUCUGUUUUGCACUCUAAAAGGCGUGCUCUAGGAUUCUGUACCUGUUAAUAGUAUUGUCUUCUGUUCACAGUGUGAUUUUUCUCCUCAGCCUCCAUGUUCUAAUGUCAUUCAAAGAGGUGCUUUGGCCACUAAGAGAGCUGUACAGGUUUAAUCAAAUUGCCUAAUUUACUUGACAUGUUCAAAUAUGACAAAAAAAACCCCAUAAAUUCAAAUCUUGUGUGAGGAAUAAUUUAAUCAAUGCUGCUUUUCUGCCUUUUAUAUUUUGGCCCAAACCAGUGCUUUUAUUUCCCUUAUUGUGUUUCUUUACCCGUCCCAUGAAAAAUGUCUCAUUUUUUUUGUAUAUUGUUGCAUAAUUUAUGUGCUACAUUACUGAAAAUGUAAAUAACAUGCACUGAGGAUGAUGAUGAUGAUGAUUUGCAUCUCGAUCAGCCUCCAGAAGGCUUCAUUCCAUUUCUAGGUGUAGGAGUAGACCAGAAACCACGUCCUCUGUUUUUUUUUUUUUUUUUUUUUUUUUUUUUAAUAUAAAGUUGUUGCUCUUUUUUUUUUCCCACCCCAAAAGAAUUUCUAUGAUCAUAAUCAUUCCCUGUCGUUUUCAAUGGAAGACGCUGUUCACACACACACACACACACACACACGAUUACCUUUUUUUUUUUUUGCAUAAAAGAUAUAGACUGAUCUAAAUUGGAAUUAUAUUUUAGUCAUGUUGAACACAUCAUCAUCAUCGUCAUCGUGGGAAGAGUAGAAGUGAAAUCGCAGCUCCUUGGUGGAUAUAAACGCACUUCAGCACUGGUGCAGGUGGUUGUAGAAAAGCAGCACGUCCUCCUCUAGGUGACCACUGGAAUAUCCGCCAGCUGUAAAAGUUAUAGCGCUUCACGAUUCGGCGCACAACACAGGUUCGAUCCAUCCGCGCGUGCAACCAGGGGCUGGUGGGACAAAAGAAACCAGUAAACUACUGACAGGAGGGUGGGAUGAUCAGGUUUAAUCUGGUGGAGACUCUGCAAAGAACACGAUUCGAUGUGCAGGAAGUGAGUGAUUGGACUGUGUGUAAAGCAUUUAAUAAAUAUUUAUUAAUCCGCCUGGUAGAUUAGGGAUCCUGGAUGUCUGUCAUAUUAUGUAUACUGUAUACCUUCUCUCCCAACUGUUCUGCUUCUGAAUGAGCUUCUCAUCUCUCGACUGAACUAGUCACGGUCAUGUGUGUCGUUGUUUUUUUGUUUGUUUGUUUUUUUCAUUUGUUUUUCUUUUGGGUAGACUUCUGUCUUAGGUCGCUGUUCAAACUCUUUUUGGUCUGUCGCUGUUACAUUUUAUUGUACGUAGUUCUAGAAAGCCACAUUAAAACACCAAGUGUUAGUCA